GAUCUGGUCCUUUACAUUUUUACUGCAGUUGAUUUGACUCUCAUCCCUCGCUCAGUCGCGUUCAGGCUGUAUCCAACAAUCAUAAAUAUCACAGUACGGCUAUGUCCAGAAAUUGAUCAAUAGCUGUCUUCACAGGUAUCGCUUCGUCUCCUAUCCCGUCGCGUCAUCCCGAGAAAGAUAGCCCGUUCAUCUUCCAGCGACGCGACUAAUACAGUUUUCUGCGAUUACCUACAAUACGAACAGCUCUGGUCAAGAGCUGGCGUUCUCCUUCGCCAUAUCCUUCCACCGUUAUAACCUGUAUAUGCUUACUUAGUCUGCGCUGUCGGGAGCUUUCCCCUAGCUGUCGCCAUGGCUUUCAAUAGCUUCGGCAAUGCUGGAACCCCCAACAUCUCGCAUGGCCCAGCUCUUCCCGAAGUGCAGACCGAAGGCUUAGGUUUUUUGUCCCUAGCAGGCGAUGCCAGAUUGCGCCUGACGGCACCAUGGUCGCCAUCUCCCGCGCCAAAGGCUUCGCUCAUGAGUAUUGCCCCGCGCAAAGGUCUCAUCGCCGCUGCGAGUCCCGAUGCUGUGGUUGUGGCGUCUACGGACGCCGUUCGAAAGGCCUUCGAAGCUCCCAAAACCGAAGAUAGCGAAAUCCGUCCCUUUACACCGCAGUUACAGGUUCCUUUAGGGCUACGUGUAUCUCAACUCGCCUUUUCAGCGGAUGAGGCCUACCUGAUUUUAUCUGCAGAACAGGGUGGGGGGUUAGCUGUUUACGACGUUGAUGGCUUCCAGCAGGGUCGGACCCAAUCCGCAUUUGAGAUCCCCACCAACGGCGAAUCUCUGCGAGCUCUGGUUCCCAAUCAUAUGCAGGACAAGGCAGACUUGUGUGCUGUUGUCACGAACGAAGGGAAGCUUUUGAUGGCCAAUCUUAAGACACGCAAUUUCGUGUCCAAAGGCAAUGGUCAAGUUUUGAGGGAACAAGUUAGUUGUGUCGCAUGGAGCAACAAGGGGACGCAGUUAGUCGCUGGACUUGGUGAUGGCACUAUAUGCCAGUUAACACCUGACGGCGAGGUCAAGGCUGAGAUACCGAGACCACCUGAGCUGGAUACUAGCUAUUAUGUAUCCGUUGUCGUUUGGGCUAAAAACGACCUCUUUCUGGCUUUCCACGUUUCUACAUCUAGUGGAACACCUCAAACAAAGUGCCACAUGAUAACAAGACAAGGCCAGACCUUCCAAUACCAAGAAUUCAACGACCCUGUCGAUCCUUUCAGGACGGAAAAGGUUCCUCACCACACAGCCGUUCGACUAAGGGACUUUCCUCCCAAUAAUCUAGACCUCCUAAUUUUUUCUUCUAGCGCAGUACCCGAUAUUGGACUCCUUGCACAAUCGAAAGCCCCUCUGGGACCUGAUGGACCAGUCGAUAUUUUUGCAAACGUCGAGUUGGCUGAUGAUUCUAGGCGCGCUGCGUUGCCCAUGGGCGAGGGCCUCGAGACCCCUGCUGCUGUAGGUGUCUGUUUGGAUUUGUCUAGUAGGGACAAAGUCUACAAACCCAUUCCCACAGAUGAACAGGAUAUGUCACCCGGUCCUUUACCUGGAUACUGGGUACUAAACGAGCAGGGUGUACUGUCUAUCUGGUGGGUUGUGUACUCAGAAUCAAUUCGAGGAGGAACCACCUACCCUGGACUUGCUGCUGAGGCUGGCAACACCGAAUCUUCAUCGAUGUCAGCAUCCCAAAAUACCCAACCCUCGUUUUCUGCCCCAUCAAAUCCUUCACUUUUCGGGGGCGCGUCGGCGUCCGCUACACCUGCAUUUGGUGGUCCUACGACCCUUGGUUCUAAGAGUUCGCCUUGGGGCACUACGUCUGCGAAUACCAACGGUACAGGCGGAAGUACAUUUGGAUCAUCCCCUUUCGGAAACAACAGCGCUUCAAAACCUGUUUUCGGUUCAUCCAACUUUGGAAUGAGUAAUGGAGCAUCUGCACCAUCUGCAGCACCAUCUUUUGGACAGUCAACAAAUAUAGGCGGCGAAAAGACUUCUGUCUGGGGGUCUGGUGGUACCUCAACAAGCACGCCAGCUUUUGGCCAAAGUGGUUUUAACAAUGCCUCUAAUGGGACGCCCUCACCCUUUGGAAGUGGAGCUAAUAGCAAUGCCUUCUCUUCCUUUGCGAAACAAGGGGGAUUUGCAUCACUGGGGUCAAAUGGAGAUGCAAAUAAGACCAAUAUAUUUGCUUCAGCAACCUCGGGCUCAUCCGGAGCUGCUAUGGAUACUGACACCACCAGCUCAUUCCCGCCCUCAAGUUCUAAACCAGAUACUUUCCCCGGGAACCCUUUCGGAUCACAACCUUUUAAACUGGAAUCUAGUUUCAAACCUGACACCAAGGCAGAGGAUAGCGAUGUGAAAUCAUCCGAUGCGGAGAAAUCAAUAUUCGGCACGGCCUUUGCUUCUUCCAUUAGCCAGGCAACCGAGACUACGAGCAACAGUUUUGCUAGUGGUUCCGGACUAUUUGGUAAGCCGUCAUCGGAUACAAAGACAGAGUCUACAACACCUACUACUACGCCAUCAGCAAAUAAGUUCUUUUCACAGACGUCAUCACAGCCCGCAAGUGUGCUAUUCGGCUUCCCACGCUCUUCCGGCGCCCUUUUCGGUGAACCUGCACCGAAAGUGUCCGUAGUCGAGCCUCCACAGUCCCCAAUACGAGCUCCUGCGGACGCUCCUUUGCCCCCAGAAUCCACCAGUAAGGUUGCUUAUCCAAUAGAAGAUUCAUCUUUCUCAUCUACCUCCUCUGCAGACAGCGACGACAUGAAGAAAACCCAGUCUAGCGCUGAGGACCUACCACUACCCCCGGACUCUCCUACAUCAACUACAAAGCCAAAGGAAACACCCGCUGCGAUAAGUAAGGCGGCAGCACCUAGCGAUGCACCAUUACCCCCCGAUCCUGUGAAAAACAAGACCGCAUACAGCGCUCCCUUGCCGCCUCUACCAGGUGAAAGCACGAAACCGAAAGCCACUAGCGAUGCACCCUUGCCACCGGAUCCAAUCAAAGACAAAAAGGCAUACACCAACAAGCUUCCUCCUCUUCCAGGGACAUCGACAGCGUUCAAACCAGCAGGCGAUGCACCUCUUCCUCCAGAUCCAGUUAAAGAACCCAAGGCUUACGAAAAGAAACUAUCAGUACUACCAACCAUUCAACAAUCUUCUACCGUUACUUCAGGGUUUAAAUUUCCUACAAAUCUACCCCCUGUCUCCGAUAGUGAAGAAGACAACAUAGCAGAUGAGUAUGAUACGGAAGCUGAUAGUGAAGGUAGUGGUGUUGAUGUCGCCAAGGAUCUCAGUCCUCCAUCAACUGGGGCGAACCGAACACCUGGCUUCACACCCCAAGGCUCAUUUGAUGGGUUGGGAGGAAGCUUUUCUACCAUCUCUCGCCCAGAGCCGGAAAGACGAAGUCUUUUCUCGAGUAACAAUGCCCCUAUAUUCCCCCAACCUAACCCCGUCAGUCCGCGUUCUCCCAGCCCUGUACGAAGCGCAAUACCACCAAGGAUAUCAGGUAAUGAUCAUAGGUCCUUUAGCGCUCCCGGCAUGGCGUCACAGAUACUCGUCGCCUCAAGGAAACAAGCACAGUCACGUCUUAAUGGCUCCAUAGUAGGCCGAGAUGUUGCUCUCGAGAACGCUGUAAUGGAACAGCAGCGGAAAGCUAAGGCUAAGAAAGAAGCCGAAGAAGCACAGUAUCUCAUCGAUGAAGAAGAUGACGCUGUACAGAAAAUUCUCCGGACGCAGAUCGAACCAACAUUAGAACUGGAUGAGUUCAUUGCACAUUCUGGUGUUGUGCCGCCCGCAGGUGAUAGUAUACCUGCUCAGGUAGAAGCCGUUUACCGCGAUAUAAACUCAAUGAUGGACACUCUUGGUCUCAAUUGUCGUUCGCUAAAAGCAUGGACAACUGGGCACAAACAAUUCUCCUCAGAUGAUCACUCUCCGGAGGAUCUUGCAUCACCUGAUAGUUGGACUCUAGAAGAUAUUGGACAGCUUACGCAUGUCAUCGACCAGGUACUGGGAGAAGCCUUGGACCAAGCCCGUGUCACAGACGUGGAGGAAAAGGUAGCACAGGUGCAGGAUAUUCAACGAGAGCAUGUCCGCGACUGCAACAAACAAGCCGAUAUUCGGAAAAUCAUCGCUUCACGACUGGAUCCAGAAGAAGCGGCAGCAUAUCAAGCACUUCCCCUAAGUGCAGAACAGGCUGCCCAGCAAAGUGACCUGCGCAGACAACUGGGUCACUUCCAAUCUCUUCUAGCCCAAGCAGAGGAAAAUUUAACAAUGCUAAAGGCUAAGAUUGUCUCUGCUAACAGUAAUGCCGGCAGAGGUGGACCUGUGCCUACUAUCGAGGCAAUCGUACGUACAAUCACCAAGAUGACCAGUAUGGUAGAGAAAAGGAGCGGUGACAUCGAUGUCCUUGAAAAUCAAAUGCGAAAAUUGCGAUUAAGUUCAACAGGGCCUGCCGGGAGCCGUGAAGGCUCCCCAUUCACUACCCCCAACGCGAAGAGAACACUGGGUUCUUCCAUCUUCUCGCCCGAUCGCUCAACACGAGAAGCCACGCCCAUGCGUGGCAGUUACAUGCGACACUCAUUGUCGGGUUCCAUUUCAGGACUUGGGAGUGAUAUGUUCCGCACACCGCCACGUAAGAAGCUGGGCGGCUUUGGAGAUGCCGAGAGGAGGGCUGUUAAGGAGAAAAGGGAAAGACGUACCGCUAUUCUUGGGAAACUAAGAAACAGUCUUGAAGCCAAGGGACCUAGUAUCAUAGGCUUAGAUGACAUUGCGUAAUGUGUCACAAGGUUUCUUAAAAAAAGAGAAAAGAAAAAGCAUGAAACUGAGAUUCUUCCUGGAGGAUCGAUACGCAUACCAUGAACAACGAAAAUACGAUUGCGACUAUGUCUUCGUGCAAGCAGUUGACAAUAUACUAUACAAUAUGAAUGUGCAGAAUUAGCACAGAAAACAAUUCCAAUAAUAAGCUAUUGAGAUUAUCAAUAUAUCAUGUAGAAUCAACUCUGCGUCCCAGUUAGGUAAUUAGUCUCAUAAUACUCCAUAUUGUACUUGAGCAACAUCUAGAACGAUUCAUUUGUCAAGC